UGGGUUUUUCCACGCUGCUGAGCACCGUCACUGGGAGUGUCUCUGGUGGAAAAUCACCCAGAACGCGGAAAUUGUCUUUGAAGGCAACACAGGCGAUCGUUCUCCUGCUGAGGAAGCUACGCACUUUUAUUUCAGUUUGCUUAAUAAACGUGGCAGCCAGAAUGGAGACGAGUCCAUUGAAGCGCAAGCUUUCCACAGGUCACCCUUUAGGUGGGUCUGAUUUACCAUCAUACAACAGAAAAACAGGUGCAGCAUACCUGACAUCGGUGUCAAACUUGGUGACCACAUUCAAACAUGAGAGGUUUGUCUUAGAGAAUCCAGUUGGUGCCACACUGAUAGUAGGUCCCCUGGAGGACACAAUUUACAGUGAUGAUGAGGUGAACGGGUGGGGAAAGUUCUACCUCCCCCAGACAGUAAAUAUGCGGGUUGUAGGUGUGGUGGAGGGAACCUUAUGUCCAUGUGACCAGCUUGUUCUGAUGACAUGUGAGGACAAAAACAUUUACGCCUACAAUGGAGAGGAGCUGCAUCUGGUGGCUUCAAGCCUUGACGAGCUAUUUUCUGAUGGAAUAGAGUUUCCAGCCUCCAAAACCUUUUACAAGGGAGAGGCCUUCAAAGAUAUGACUAAGGAGGACUGGGCUGAGGUGAGGAAAGGCCCUGUGGGCAGGAAGUUGGACAAAGACCAUCAGAAAUGGGUGAAAGCAAAUAAGUCCAGAAUCCUGAAGAACCUCCGACUCGGCAGAGACAAACAGAGGUGUCAUCAGCAGCUUGGAGGUGGCCCCCUUGAUGACAACAUGCUGAGGACACUAAGUACACACCAGUCUGCUUAUACAGUCUGAACUGAGCAGCUGUCUUAUCACAGCUGGAUAAGGUGAAAGGCCCUGGGCAGGUCGCCAGGUAAUCGCGGGGCACAAAGUUAACAGUGUUUCUUUGGGACUGCGUGAGGAAGCAGGAGCACCCGGUGAAAACCCACACUGCACACGGAGAACAUGCAGACUCCACAGAAAGAUUCCAGACUCCAGUUCGAACCCAGGAGCUGUGAUACAACUUAUUCAUAUAAGUAAAUAUACUGCAACAUCUUUAUUAAUAAUCUUUAUUAAUAAUAAAGAUGUUGCACUACAUUUACUUGUAUGAUUUUUUAAACUACAUAUGUAAAUAUGAAGGAAUGUAUUUUCAUUAUUAAAAUUCAUUAUUAUUAAAAAUUGUUGUGCUUUCUGUAACUACAUGUAACUAAAAUGGUUUAUCGGAGAUGUCUGAGUGUGGCGUGACUACAUCGAAGUGUGUGUUUGUGUCUAGGUGUAUGUUUAGAGAGUUUAAAAUUAAAAGUGUACUGCACAUCACACGCCAUCCAUCCACUCACACUGUUUUGCCCACAUGUAGGUGAAUGUUGUCAGAUAGCCAUAUGAGCUUCGAGGAAGUGGUUCUCACAUUGUGUUUCAUUAGCAUACCAUACUGUGAUGAUCAUAAAUAAAUUUGAGCAUAAAAGAG